UUAUCAAAACCAGCCAUUCUCAAUAACACAAAACCUCUUCUUCACAUCACAAAAGUACCUAAAAAAUACCAUUUUUGUUUAUUUCCUCGUACUCGCUUCAUGUUUAGUCUUUGGAUUUUCCUUUAGUUUUUACCUCAAACACAAAAUUAAUAUUCCCACUAACUUUUUACCCCUCAACUUUUACGCCGCCCAUCUACCUCCGGCGCCGGAACUCACCGGAACCCUCCCACUGCCCCCGUCUCCGUCGCAUGCGGCGGCGGCGCCCGCAGCGGAGCCCGAACGGGCCGGGUUAAAGGAGCACAUCGGCCCGCCCACGGCCGCAAUGCACGGCUUGAACGACGCGGAGCUGAUUCGGAGGGCGUCCAUGGUUCCGACGGCGGGCCGGAAAACGCCGGCGAAGAUCGCCUUUAUGUUCCUGGCUAGGGAAAGCUUGCCUUUGGCGCCAUUCUGGGAGCUUUUCUUCAGAGGCUAUGAAGGGCUUUAUUCCAUAUACAUUCAUUCUCAGCCAUCCUUCAAUGGAGUUGCGCCUCAUGAGGGCCCCAUCUUCCAUGGCAGAAGGAUUCCGAGUAAGAACGUAGCAUGGGGAAAAUUUAGCAUGAUCGAAGCGGAGCGGCGAUUACUAGCCAACGCCCUGCUCGAUACCUCGAACCAGCGCUUCGUUCUCCUCUCGGAAGCCUGCAUACCGCUCUUCAACUUCACCACCGUCUACGAUUACCUCAUCAACACCAACAAAACCUUCGUCGAGGCUUUCGACCAGCCCGGCGCGGUCGGCCGCGGCCGUUACAACCGCCGUAUGCGGCCCUGGAUCACCAUCCAGCAGUGGCGGAAGGGGUCCCAGUGGUUCGCCGUGGACCGGGAGCUCGCCGCCCAGAUCAUCUCCGACGAGAAAUACUGCAAUUUAUUCAAGCGGUUUUGCCGGCCGUCGUGUUAUUCCGAUGAGCAUUACAUUCCGACGUUUGUGACCAUGGUGUCUCCGGAUAGGAAUUGGAACCGGACGUUGACCUGGGUUGACUGGUCAAAGCAGGGGCCCCACCCUUCCAAGUUUGGGAGGUACGAGAUCACCGUUGAUUUCUUGCGGAGGUUGAGGAACGGUAGCCGAUGUGUGUACAAUGGGAGGGAGAGUAGGGUUUGCCAUUUGUUUGCUAGGAAGUUUACUCCCCUUGCUUUGGAUAGGCUAAUGAGGUUUGGUCCCAAAAUCAUGAUGUUCAAUUCUAAGAAAUGAGAUUAUAUCUGAAGUAGGCAGAUCACUUUAUACAUUGAUAGUUUUUCAUAUCUUUUGAAUUACUGAGUUAUCUCUUAUGUCCUGAUAGUUGAUAGAGUUAUUCAGUUAUUGUGAUUUACAUCCUCCAAAAUGUUUGGCUGAUAUUGAGUUUGGGGAAGAAGAAAUGACAUUGUAUUUGUACACAAAUUACAUUUCUAUUUAUUUAUUUAUCCCCUUUUUGGUAGGUGGAGAAAUAUUCUUUUA